UCCGAUCUUGAUCUUAUGCACACGGUACGAUAGUUUUCCAAGGAAAAAAAUGGUACCAUCGCUCGAGGAUGACUGCUGGAAUUCUUGAUGUUCAUGAGUUCAUCUCCGAGCAAAAUGCAGCAAAGAUGUCUACUUCCAGGCACUGUGCAGCUGAUCAUCGUGAAUCAUAGAUCAUGAGCUCACCGGAGGAAAGCACUAAUGUCAUCCCCAUGGCAACGACAGCGAGUGAGACCACUUCAACAGGGCCAAAGGAUCGGAGCGACAGCCACAGCAGUUGCGACAGCAGUUGUGAUGUCACUACUGGCUAUGGAAGUGGUAGCAACAGUAGAAAGAACUCUCUAACUGACAGGAACGUAGUUAGCACAAGAGACAAUGGUGAAGGGGGGAAGAGUAGUUCAGAAAAGAAACAUAGUGAGGAAGCGUAUAUAGAGGGCGACAUCAAGCUGAGAUUCCUGUGUCCGGAGGAUGUAGAGGCGGUCAAGCAGCUUUGCAGGGACUGGUUCCCGGUCGAGUAUCCUGAUUUCUGGUACAAGGAUAUCACAAAUGAUAAGCGGUUCUUUUCCCUGGCUGCUGCCAUAGGCACUACCAUCGUGGGUUUGUUGGUGGCUGAGGUCAAGACUAGGGCCAGAUGUCACAGAGAGGAUUCCAACAUCUUGUCAGCAACAUUUCCCGGGUCAACUCAAGUGGCCUAUAUUCUGAGCCUCGGAGUGGUGGAAGGAUACAGACGGAAAGGCAUAGCCUCUGCACUCCUGGAUAACUUCCUGACAUCGUUGACCGCGGGACUCCGGCCCAUUGCCAAAGCCGUCUACCUCCACGUCCUGGCCACCAAUACAGGAGCCAUCAGGUUCUACGAGAAGCACAAGUUCCAGCGUCAUGAGUUCCUUCCUUACUACUACUCCAUCCAUGGCCAAGCGAAGGAUGGACUCUCCUACGUGCUCUACAUCAAUGGCGGGCAACCUCCUUGGACGCUCAUAGAUUAUAUGAAGCAUGUCAGUUCUUACAUCUCACGCAUCCAACCGUGCAAUCUGCCCCACGCCAUGGCCCGUCACACGCGCAACUUCUUCUCCGCCCGACGCAGCUGGGUCCACAUGCCCCACCUGCCUAACAUGCCUAGCAUGCCCAACAUGCCCAACAUCAACAUGCCCAAUAUCACUAUGCCAAACAUUCUCUCCCGCAUGAGAGGUCAAGGGUCAUCGUCGACGGGUCCGUCAGGGUCAUCGUCGGCCGGUCCGUCAGGGUCAUCGUCGUCAUCAUCAGGGGUAGGAGACUGCUCAGACUCAUCAUUGUCCACUUCGUCCGUGGAAGCGGUGGCAGCAGUCGAAGAGGGAGCGGGGGCUUCGUCGUCUGGCGAUGCUGCCUCAUCUCCGGUUCCAGAGGUGGUCACUAUUCCCAUGCCGACUAGCGAGGGCGCCGAGCCCUCAAGCUCGAGUCGACGCAGCUGGUUGCCCAACAAGCUGCCCAACCGGUUGCCCAACCUGAACCGAUCGAUGCCUAGUAUGCCUAGUAUGCCCAGUAUGCCGAGUGGUAUGAGCUUGCUGACCAGGUUUGGUGGACAGUGCUACGACAGUGGAGAACAAAACGAGCCUGACGAACCACCAGAAGAGUACACCAAUGCUGAUCAUAAGCUAUAAUCGUGGUCCUUUUUAACUACAAACGCCAUCAAAAUCAGGCAAACUAUUAUACAGCGGUGAUGUUCCUCACAACUGGAAUGUAUGUGCUGUUGUGAGAAGAUUGGUGGGAGUUGUUUUGUUGUACAUGGAAUAUAUCAGUGCUACUACCAACUGUGUUGAAACUGUUACAUUGUCUUGGUGUAACAUGUCAUAUGAAGGGAAGGAUUAGAGAAAGUCUUCUUCUGUCACUACUCGGAGGUCAAAGGUCAAUGAUAGAGAAAAGAAUAUGCAUAAUAUACAUGUAUAUAUAUAUAAUAUAUAUAUAAAAAAGGAGUGCAAAAGGUGGUUAUUCUUAUUUAGAAGAAGGCAGCAACUUAUCUGCUCACUUGUGUGAAUACAUGACGAGAUGUGCACCCUGCAUUUGAAGAUGGAGACCAGUACAAUGUACAAUGAAGGAAUGCAAAAUUUUUGUCUCUGCCUGGCCACAUUGAACAUGUUAUGCCUUCUGUGUCGUGUGACCAAGACUCCUAUUCAUCAGUGAGACGACUGCGAUGAGUAGAAUUCACCUUUUUGUAAUGUGUACAGUAGUUCAUGUUGAAUUCUAUACUACCGUAACUAUUUUAUUCAUUGUGUAUUGAUAAAACAUUGACAACUCUGCAUUAUUUCAUUCUUAGUCCCAUAUACUAAAAAAUCAGUCGGCCUUUAAAUGCCAGGUUGUAUCUGCUGACUUGAUGUGCUUUUCUGCUCUAUUCAUGAAUGAUGUUAUUACAUUUGCAGUAAAAUCUAAUGAACAGUAAAUAAUCAACGUAUUAAGAAUUUUGUUUGCAACUUACCGUAUGAGUUUUCUUUCUGUUUAAAUAUUAGAUUCUUAAUGAAUCUGCCUCCUUUUUUUUCCCCCUCCUUUUUUUUCCCCCUAGUAAUUUUUUUCAUUCGAUAAUUGUGCAAUUGGAGUCUCAAUCUAGUC